CAAAAAAAUUAAAGUAAUUUGAUUGCGAAGAGAACCUUACUUGGUAAAAAAAUAUAAUAUUAUGUUCGCGAAAAUGCUCUUUAUUCUGAACGCAGCUAAAGUAAGUGACAGUCUAUGAGUCUACAGACGUCAACUGUCACUGUCAUGAUUGACGACGACAUGUUUAGAAAAUCAGUGCAAUCGGGAAAUCUGCGUUGUAAAUACAACGAGUGGAUCCUACAGCAGUGGAAUUGAAAAAUAAUGGUUUUAAUAUUACAUAUUCAACAUAAAUAAUAUAUUACUUACUUUGACCAUUGAAUUACGUUGGUAAUCAACGAAACCUUCGUUAUAUAAAACUGAGUGUGGAAGAAUAUUCUACUAAAACUAAUAUUCACCAGCACAUUACAAAGAAUAUAAAAUGGGUCCCCCAAAGAAGAUGAAAAAAUAUGAUUCAAGAACAGGGAGUGAUAGAUCAGGUAAAAAGAAGAAAGUAGAAGAAGAAGUGACAAUAGAUCUGGUAGAUGAUGACAAUACAGAGAAUGUGGGAGUACCCGGUGCUGCCAUGCAGGAUGCUGAGAAAAAUGAUCAAGUGCCAGAAGAUGAAUUUGGUGCCAAAGAUUACAGAAACCAAAUGCAACUUAAAACAGAUAAUGCCAGCCGUCCUUUGUGGGUGGCACCUAAUGGUCACAUAUUCUUAGAAGCAUUCUCACCUGUAUAUAAACAUGCUCAUGAUUUCCUCAUUGCUAUUGCUGAACCUGUGUGCAGGCCACAACACAUACAUGAGUACAAACUGACAGCUUACAGUUUAUAUGCUGCAGUGUCAGUGGGCUUGCAAACAGUGGACAUUAUAGAAUAUCUACAGAGACUUAGCAAGUGCUCUGUACCGGCUGGCAUUAUAGAAUUUAUACAGCUAUGUACAUUAUCAUAUGGCAAGGUGAAACUUGUACUAAAACAUAACAGGUACCUUGUGGAGAGUAAACACGUGGAAGUUCUUCAGAAACUACUCCGCGACCCUGUAAUUCAGCAAUGUAGGCUGAGACGCGACGGCGAUGACGACUUCUUGUCGUCAGCACUGCCUGAUAAACCGGCGAUGUCUUUAAAACCAGGUGAAACAAGCGACAAGCCGCCGGCGGCUAACGGCGCGGUACCAGAUGACAUCAGCCAGUUCUACCAGCAGUUGGAUAAAGAUGACGACGAGGACGAAGCCACUGACAUUACUGCCAAUACUGCCGUCGCUUUUGAAGUCGACCCUGAUAAGAUUGAGGUGAUUCAAAAACGUUGCAUCGAGCUUGAACACCCUUUGUUAGCGGAAUAUGACUUCCGUAAUGACACCAUAAAUCCCGACAUCAAUAUUGACUUGAAGCCCACCGCCGUGUUGCGCCCCUACCAGGAGAAGAGUCUCCGGAAAAUGUUCGGAAAUGGUCGUGCGCGGUCCGGUGUGAUAGUGUUGCCGUGCGGGGCGGGCAAGUCGCUGGUGGGAGUGACGGCGGUGUGCACGGUGCGCAAGAGGGCGCUCGUCCUGUGUAACUCCGGCGUCUCCGUCGAGCAGUGGAAGCAACAGUUCAAGUGCUGGUCCACGGCCGACGACAGUAUGAUCUGCAGAUUUACGUCAGAAGCGAAAGACAAGCCGAUGGGUGCCGGUAUCCUGAUCACUACGUACUCUAUGAUCACUCAUGGCCAGCGGCGCUCGUGGGAGGCCGAGCAGACCAUGAAGUGGUUGCAGGCGCAGGAGUGGGGACUCGUUGUACUUGACGAGGUGCACACCAUACCCGCCAAGAUGUUCCGAAGAGUACUCACUAUUGUGCACUCUCAUGCUAAGCUUGGUUUGACUGCAACAUUACUUCGAGAAGACGACAAAAUCGCAGAUCUGAACUUCUUGAUUGGGCCAAAGCUGUACGAAGCGAACUGGCUGGAGUUACAAGCGAAUGGGUACAUCGCACGAGUGCAGUGCGCUGAGGUAUGGUGUCCCAUGACGCCGGAGUUCUACAGGGAAUAUCUUGUACAAAAAAUAAACAAGAAAAUGUUGCUAUAUGUAAUGAAUCCUUCAAAAUUCCGGGCGUGUCAGUUCUUGGUGAGGUAUCACGAACGACGCGGCGACAAGACUAUAGUGUUCUCCGAUAAUGUAUUCGCUCUCCGACAUUAUGCCGUCAAAAUGAACAAACCAUAUAUCUACGGACCCACGUCACAGAGCGAGAGAAUUCAGAUCUUACAGAAUUUCAAAUUCAACCCUAAAGUGAAUACGAUAUUUGUCAGUAAAGUAGCCGAUACUAGUUUUGAUUUACCUGAAGCAAAUGUUCUGAUUCAAAUCUCGUCUCACGGUGGCUCCCGGCGACAGGAAGCCCAACGCUUAGGUCGUAUUUUGAGAGCAAAGAAAGGUGCAUUAGCGGAGGAGUACAACGCAUUCUUCUAUACACUGGUGUCACAAGACACACUAGAAAUGGCAUACAGCCGUAAAAGACAGCGGUUUCUCGUGAACCAAGGUUACAGUUACAAGGUCAUCACAGAACUAAAGGGAAUGGAUCAGGAACCUGAUCUACUGUAUGGUACACGAGAGGAGCAAGGCCUUCUAUUACAACAGGUGCUGGCUGCGUCCGAGACGGAGUGCGAGGAGGAGCGCGAGGGCGGCGUGGGAGGCUCCGGGUCGGGCGUGGCGCGGCGCGCGGGGGCGCUGUCGUCGCUGGCCGGCGCUGACGACGCGCUGUACCUGGAGCACCGCCGCAACGCUAACGCACAGAAACACCCGCUCUUCAAGAAGUUCCGAUACUAACCGCACUAUGUGCGUUGCUGCAUCCUAUCUAUCAUAUUCAGCAUCUUAUGUCUGGUAAUAUCAGUAGAAUUUAAACAGAACCUAUACGAAUUCGUUAUUUCUUAGAUAAGAUCUUUUUCAUAUUAUUCAUUUAAUACGUUUCAGAUACUAAUAAAAGUUAUUUGCUGGGUGUUAUAAAAAAUAUAAGCUAAUACUGCAGUCCAAUUUAUACAAAAAUAAAUAUAUAUCGGCGACAUUUGUUACCUAGAACUGACCUACCUAUCACUUUUUUAUGUGCAAAAUAUGAAUAAAAAUACGUUUGACUA